AAAAUCUUUUCAUUAGAUUGAAUACCUUAGCAACUGAAAUGGAAAAGUUAAAUGUUAAUGUCUUGGAUUUAAAGCACAGGUUGGAUACUCAGGAAACAAUGCUGAGGACGCUCUGGAAUAACAGCCGUAGUUGGACCACAAUUCAAAGACGUCAAGAUGGCUCGGUAGAGUUUAAUCGUUCAUGGAAUGAAUACAGCAAUGGUUUUGGCAAUCCCAAUGGAGAAUAUUUUAUAGGUCUUCAGCGCAUACAUGACAUGACCACCAAUGGCCCACCCCAUGAGUUAAGAAUUAUUCUCAAAGAUUUCGAUGGACAUACGCGUUAUGCUCAUUACGAUUUAUUUCGUAUUGGCAGCGAAGCAGAGAAAUAUACGCUUGUGGAAUUGGGCAAAUACAGCGGAGAUGUAGGUGAUUGUUUCACUUCUCAUCGUGGUCGAAAGUUUACCACUUCUGAUCAAGACAAUGAUAAUAAUCCCCAAAGAAAUUGUGGUGCUGUUUUUCAGGGGGGAUGGUGGUUCUUUGACACUUGUUAUAGUGGUUAUUUAAAUGGGCCUUAUCGAGCGCGAAAUCAAGCCCAUACAUGGGGUGUCAGCUGGAAUACAUUUCAUGGUUGGGAUCAUUCAUUAAAGUAUGCCGAAAUGAUGAUACGUCCUAAAAUUUAACCCAGAGACGAAUUUUAUAGUCCGUUAAAGGUUGUGGAAAUAAACACCUUGAGGAUUUUGGUUUUGGGAAUAUGGAACACAAAUUUUUUUUCUUUUGAACAAAAUAAAGAAAUCACGAUAUAUUA